AUGAAGAGAUUAGGAGACAACGUUUAUGAUAACUCUUCGCAAUUCAAGAGACCCUUUGGUUCUUCUCCUGAAGACUCCUAUGGGCAAUCCCAAGUCCCAACGGGUGGAGAAGGAGGUUUUGGAGUGAAUGCAAAUUUGGCUUCUUAUGAUGACAAAGAUACCUUAAAGAGUGAGUCAACAGUUGAAUUUCUAGGUCCUCCACAAAAUAAGGUUGAAUUUCAAGAAACUAUCAGCUUUGUGAACAAGAUAAAGGGGACAAGAACGAGGCACUCCAUACAUAUAGCAGAACUCUUGCAAAGAAAGAUGUGGCGGGUGAUGUUGAGGGCAAAGGCAAAGGAAAUGAAGACCUAGACAAUUCAUUGCAAAAUAGGUAUGUUCCUAAA